CUAAGAUUGACAUAAUCUCUAUGUCACUACUCUAUGUAAAAAAAUAAAAUAAAAAUUAGUCAUGGCGGAUCUAAAGAAUGGGAAGGACGUGUCAAACGUCGGCGAAGGUGACUCUGUUUCGAAAGAUGUUGUUUAUCUCGAGGAAACAUUUUACAUUCUUUCUAAAAAGAACUCUGUAUUUCGUGUUCGGUUGACUCCUAAAGGCUUGUCUCUAACAAAAGAAACAGAUGGCAAUUCAAAGGAACAAACUAUAUUGCUAGCUGAUAUCAUUGGUAGCAAAUGUAUGAGGAGCAAACGACGACGCCCUGGCGCCGGCUCAUGUGUUUGCAGUUCCUUCGUUGGUAAUCAGCUCAAAGUUGUGGAUGAGAACAGCGGUGAUCUUGAUGAAAAUGAUAUCAGCGCUUACCUGUAUAUUUAUGCCUACAUACUGAAAAGAAGUCGACGUACCUUGAAAAGAGAGAGGACAACAAUAACACUGCGCUUCAGGUCUUUCGAUAAGUAUGAAGAUAAUAAUAAAGAAGCACAGAAAUGGAGGAGUACAAUAAAGUGCUUGAUUGCGCGCCAGCCGAUAACGUCCUCACCGCCGACAAACGAAAAAAAGAUACUUGUGCUUCUGAAUCCAAAAUCCGGGCCGGGUAAAGCUAGAGAGCUGUUCCAGUCUAAGGUGGUGCCUAUCUUACAAGAAGCUGAGGUUCCAUUCGACCUUCAUGUCACUAAGUAUGCUCAAUACGCGCGAGAGUUUGUGCGCACGAGAAAUGUGUAUGGCUGGCGCGCUAUUGUGGCUAUUGGCGGAGACGGCGUAUUGUUUGAAGUGAUGAAUGGUAUGUUUGAGAGACUGGACUGGCAGCAAGCUCUAGCUGAAGUGCCACUAGCCAUAUUACCUUGUGGCUCAGGGAAUGGAUUGGCUAGAACUAUAUGUCAUUUAUACAAUGAACCGUACAUUCCUCAAAACCUGACAGGACUUACGAUGGGUAUAGUGAAGGGAGAAACAGCACCUAUGGACGUUGUUCGAAUCGAAACAAAGUCCAGUAUUAUGUUUUCGUUUCUUUCCAUUGGCUGGGGCCUCCUAUCGGACAUUGAUAUUGAAAGCGAAAGAUUACGUGCGAUCGGUGGCCAAAGGUUCGCUGUGUGGGCCCUAGCGAGACUUGUUGGACUGAGAAAAUAUAAAGGUGUAGUAAGUUAUGCAAAAAUUAAGGACGUGAGCAAUCUACCUAAACCAAAACAACCGCUCACCCUCAGUCAUAGUAUCAGUCAGGAUGGUGCGCUCGACUCCCCUGAUGCGGAAGCGUUCAUUGAUGCGGAUGAGCAUUCCGAAGUGUUCGUGAAUGCUAUUAGCGGCAAACAGCAUCAAAGGGUGGAUUCGUGGUACUCGGUCAACUCACGAAGGAGCGCGUUCUACAGUACUCGCGGGUCGGAGUACCACAGCGUGACGAGUAGCGGCUCGGAGAUGCGGUCGCCUGUGCACGCGUGCAUGCACGGGCCUGCCUCACACCUGCCGUCACUGAUGUCCCAGCUACCCGCGCACUGGGUGCACGAGCACGGAGAGUUUGUCAUGGUGCACGUGUCGUAUCAACCCUACAUCGGUGAAGACUUUUUGUUUGCUCCGCGAUCGCAGUUGGCCGAUGGAGUAAUGUGGAUGUUAAUUAUCAAAGCAGGGAUUUCUAGAUCUCAACUACUCUCAUUCCUUAUGGGUGUCGGCCAGGGCACGCAUGCCGAUAUAAACAAUGAAUACAUCAAGAUGGUUCCUGUCAGUGCCUUUAGAAUAGUUCCGGAGGGUACGACAGGCAACAUUACCGUUGACGGUGAAAUUGUCGAGUACGGACCCAUACAGGCUGAAAUAUUUCCAAACAUAAUUAAUGUAUUAGUGCCGGAAAUGAAAUAACGUCACGAAAAUAAGUAAAAGGUAUUCUUAAAAUGACUGAUGUAAUUAUUUGAACCAUAACCGAGCCGAUGCAUGUGCAAUAUAAGGAAACUUUAUGAUUCCGAGCAAAGGUUUAAAUUUAUGGUUGUGUGAGAGAUAUCUUAUUAUAAUAUAUUCUUACCAAAAGUAAUUGAUUGCAGCGGCAAUUGAGUUGAUCAUUCCAUGAAUGUUGUGAUUUAUGUUAUUAAUACAAUUUUUUUUAUUAUGAAUUGGUUCAAAAACUGAAAAUGUGAUAUAAUUUUGUAAGUGAAUUAAAAGCCUAAAUAUGAGCAAACAGCUGCUAGUCCAGGCUUACACUUCUACAAUGAAUUAGUGCCAAAUGUUAGCACUCUAAAUACAUUCAUUUUAAAUUGUAAUAAGGAAUUGAUCAUUCACAGUACUUGCUCAACUGUAGAGCAAUUGUUUGCAAUUUUAUUCCUACUUAGGAUAUGUUUCAGCAAUCAUGAUACUUAUAACUACUUUAAACAAAAAAUGUAUUAAAUAUAAUAAGUAGCUCAAAGCAAACUAUGUUAAUUUUAUUAUAUAAUACUUUAAAACUUUAUAAUUGCAUUUUAAUGAUAAAGAGAACAUAAUUUACGCUCUCUUUGUAUAACUUAUUUAGAAUAUUUUAGAAAAUCUUACUUUUGUGUUGAAGUAAUUUUUCAAAUCAACUUAUUGAAGCUCGUGCAUGUUUUGUAUAAUAGUUAUCUUGUUAAGAGUGCAAAAUGAAUCAGAUAAUUAGAAAAUACAAAUGUAACUUGCCAUACUUAUGAAGUUGAAGUUAUAUAACUUGCCUUUUGGUGUUAUGGACAGAGGGAUGGGGAGUAUUUUUUUAUAUAGUUUAGUUUAUUUAUUAACGUUAAACUGGUUUGGGACUGCUGGUAUAACUUAAUGUAAUUAAUUUAGCAGUAUUAAUUAAUCAUUAUUGUAGCAAUUAUUUUUUCUGUGAUAAUAACUAUUCUGCCAUAUUUCAUUUGAGUUUUGUAUCAAGGCAACUACCUAACCAAACCUUAAAUAUAUGAGAACUGUCUAAAAACCCCAUUAAAGGAAAAUAAAGAUUUAAACUUUGUGAUAAUUCUUGUUUGUAUACUUUGAAAAAUAUUGUCCAUUUUAAUAUAAUAUCUAUUAAUAAAGAUUGAAUGUACAAAAAUAAGUGCUGCUGUUUCUAUAGCUUAGAGUAUUAAAGAAGUAAGGUUCUAUGUACAUAUCUAGUAGCAUUGUUUCAUUGGUAUUGUCGAUAAAUAUUUUCUGUUCUGCACAAGACAAUUAUUUUAUGUAUCAAGUAAUAGUGUUCAUUUGCACAUUAAAAUAAAAUAUUACGUAAUAAUAUAUAGUUGUUUGUUACUGGACAAAUCUUAUUUGUGCAUUCCGUAAUCUUAGGUGUCUUGGCUUUUUAAUACUUAUCCAGUCAUAAGUUUUAGAUUUAAAAUACAGUAGUAUAUUAGCAAAUUUUUAAUGAAUAAUGUUGUGAAUAAAAGUUAUAUAAUUUUCAAUUUUAUGGAACUGUUGUCAAUAAAUGAUCAUUUCAAAGCUGUUGGAGUUUUAUAUUAAUAAAAUGACUGAAAUGUUAUAACUUUUUAUUAUAAUUUUUAUCUGAUUAAUUACUAAAGUAUACUUAUACCUAAUAUGACUUGUUAGUCAUUUCAAAAGGAAAUAAUUAUAAUUAAAACCAACACACAUUACAAAAUCAUAUCUUUGUGAUUACAAUUUACUUAAAUGGCAAUUUUACAUACAUAGACUAUAAUGAAAUAUAACAAAUUGCCAAAAAUAAGGUUUUAAUUUCAACAUUAUUAUUUAUCUUAACAAUAAAAUAGUUUAGAAUAUCUAAACAUUUCAUUGAUAUCUCUUAAUCUUAGACAGUUACAAUCAAAACAGUCUUCAUAAACAUUUGUAAAAUCUUAAACAAUUAUCUCAAUUUGAGAGAAUCUAAACUGUCCAGAAGGUUUUGUACUUCAGAAUCUACUUGUUCACGGGUGCUAACACGCUCCAGUCUUUGGCAGACUGAUUCCAAAUCUCCAGCAUCAGCUUUCUGCAUCUUCAUAUACUUCAGCAUCAUUUCAACAACUAAACAUAUUUCUCCAAUUAGGUGUCUCGUCUCCUCAAAGUGUCCAGCCCCACUGGGGCGCAUUUGUAUUAACUUCAGUUUGCUCUGGGCUAAUUGUAUAGGAUUGUGUCCAUUCUUGUCAUGCGAACUUACAUCUGUGCCAGCAUCGAGAAGUUCGAUCACAACAGGUAUGUGAUUAGUGCAAGCUGCAAGGUGGAGGGGUGUAUUGCCCAAAGUAUCCUUAAUGUUGGGGUUGGCACCGUGUCUCAACAAGAUUUUAAUAACGUCAACAUAACCACGACAAGCAGCUAAAUGCAAUGGACUUCUUUUGUGUUCAUCCGAAGAAUUUGGGUCAGCACCUGAUAACAGAAGUUUCUCCACAAGUUCUGUAUUAUUAGUGGAGGCGGCGAACCGUAAUUUAUGGUUUUUGGAUGAACACUUUGCACCACUGUACCUAUAUUUCAGUCUAUAUUGCCUGGCUUUAGUGGAACACUUAAUUUUUCCGACAUGCUCGUGCGGUUCAGUUAAGAAGUCUAUUGGCAUCGGCUGGCCAGCUUGGUUUAUGGGUAUAGCCGGUGGGCUGAAUUCUAAAAUGCAUUGGGAGUGGUCAAAUAUUGGAUUAUCGCUGCUCUCAUUACUGGUGUCUACUCCAGAGUCGGCCAUGGUACACCAAUACUUAUUCACCUCAGUAAAAGGUGAUAAUUUGAAACUUCUUACUUCCUCAACUUUUGUUUCACAAUCUAUAAAACUUGCACUUGAAAUGAAAUAAUUAAGCAUAAAACAAAGUAGAAGAAAGUUAAAAUCGACUUGUUUAUACUAGGCGAGGAGCUGUCAUAAUUUUAUUUUUAUUUCUUUUCUUUCUUUCACCAAGUUUCACCUGAUUUUUUUUUUGCUAUUGUAACAUUGAUCAUAGAUGCAACUAUUUUGUCUUGCA